UGUAUCUCAAAAAGUUGUAUUUUCAGAUUUAUUUACAAUUAUAUUAUGCCGAAAAAAGAAAAGGUGAGUUUGUAAAUGUGAGAAAAGUGAUCCGCUUCGGUUGAGGACUUCAAAACUUCCCGAAAGACUAGUAAACGUACUUUAAUUUAUUCGGUUCGGCGGUUCGACUUCGUACACAUUGCAAGUUUACUGUGCCAUGUCAGUUGGUUGUGGAGUUGUGGAGGCGAUGAAGACCAAAGUUGAUAAAAACAAAAACGGCGACAGUUUUACCGAGAGUCGUCCAGAGAAGCAAGUAUCGUCUCUGGCGAGCGGUCCGCCGCCGCCCGCGGCGAUAGUGCCGCGGUCCGCGGACGGCCCGCGCCCUCCAGGCUGGAGCGGCCAGCCGCGCCGGCAGGGCUCCAGCCGCUUCAACGUGCAGAACCACAAUCAGGAGCUCGUCAAACUACCGCCUAUCAAAGAUGCGCCGGCGGCCGAACGUGAGCAACUGUUCGUCCAGAAAUUACGACAAUGCUGCUUGCUGUUCGACUUCGCCGACGAGCCUCUGUCCGACCUCAAAUGGAAGGAGGUGAAGCGCGCCGCGCUGCUGGAAAUGGUCGACUACGUCACCUCGCAGCGCGGCGUCAUCACCGAGGCUAUAUACCCGGAAGCGGUCAAUAUGUUCGCAAUAAACCUAUUCCGGACACUGCCUCCGUCGUCCAACCCCAACGGCGCAGAGUUCGACCCGGAGGAGGACGAGCCCACUCUAGAAGCAGCAUGGCCGCACCUACAGCUGGUCUAUGAACUGUUCCUGCGACUGCUGGAGUCGCCAGACUUCCAGCCCAACAUUGCCAAGAAGUAUAUUGACCAGAAGUUUGUCUUACAGUUACUGGAGCUGUUCGACUCGGAGGACCCCCGGGAGCGAGACUUCCUCAAGACCACGCUGCACAGGAUAUACGGCAAGUUCCUCGUGCUGCGCGCCUACAUACGGAAACAAAUCAAUAACGUCUUUUAUAGGUUUAUCUACGAGACGGAGCACCACAACGGCAUCGCGGAGCUGCUGGAGAUCCUCGGCUCCAUCAUCAACGGGUUCGCGCUGCCGCUGAAGGAGGAACACAAGAUGUUCCUCUUGAGGGUACUACUGCCUCUGCACAAAGCAAAGUCACUGUCGGUAUACCACCCGCAGUUGGCGUACUGCGUCGUGCAGUUCCUCGAGAAGGACCCCUCGCUCACGCAACCUGUAGUUAGGGCAUUAUUAAAAUACUGGCCGAAGACCCACUCGCCGAAGGAGGUGAUGUUCCUGAACGAGAUGGAAGAAAUCUUGGACGUGAUCGAACCAGCAGAGUUCCAGAAGAUCAUGGACCCGCUGUUCCGACAGCUAGCCAAGUGUGUCUCCAGCCCCCACUUCCAGGUGGCGGAACGAGCACUCUACUACUGGAACAACGAGUACAUAAUGUCUCUAAUAUCGGACAAUGCGACGCACAUCCUGCCCAUCAUGUUCCCUUCGCUGUACCGCAACACCAAGAGCCACUGGAACAAGACCAUCCACGGGCUGGUGUACAACGCGCUCAAGCUCUUCAUGGAGAUGAACCAGAAGCUGUUCGACGAGUGCACGCAGCAGUAUAAACAGGAGAAACAAAAGGAGCGCGAGCGCGUGGUGCAGCGCGAGGAGCUGUGGCAGCGCAUCGAGGCGCGCGCCGCGUGCAACCCCGCGUACCGCGCGCCGCCGCCGCGCGCGCAGCCGCCGCCCGCCGCCGCCCUAGCCGCGCCCGACCUCGGGUACGCGCGCAGCGACCACGAGCCUCACGAGGUCCGCAAGCAGGGCUACAGCAACGCGUCCAAGCCGCUCCUGCGCAAGAAGUCUGAGCUGCCGGCCGCCAGCAGCACGGUGCAGGCGCUCAUCGAGCACACGCGCGCCGACACCUACCUGCCCACGCCGCCCGACGUCAACCAGUGCUAGCAGCCGCCCGCCCCCACCACGCGGCAGCUGCUGCUGCUACUCAAACAAUCACAACUAAAUACAUAAACACAUUUAAACAUACAAAUACCGGCAGAACUCCGUCGGAAGUAUAGAUUCUACUUCUCGAUCUUAGAUUAAAAAACCGAGCAAGACUCCUAAGAGAGUUAUUGAGGACAGCAGAGGCAAGAGCAUUGGACACUUAAUAAGACACGACGAAUUUAUAUAAAGGAAGCUAGAAGGGGAAGACCAAGAAGAGCUUAUAUGGAACAGAUUAAAGAGAAGGCGAACGUCGUGUCUUAUAAGGAAGUGAAGGAAUUGGCCUUUGAUAGACAAGAAUGGAGAAUGCUGCACCGACAAGAGCAUGGCUCUUAAAUUAGUGAUGAUGAAGUCUCGUAAGAAACUAUCAGCUGAUGAACUCUUCGACGUCUGACGUCACGCCUGAUGACUGACGAAAAAAAAGAAAAGUCUAUACAGAAUAUGGUGCUAACGAUCAUUCACGCUGCCAACACUAUCACAAGUAAAUACAUUAAAACGUAUGAACGAGACAGAUAGAUUAUGGCCGUGUGAAUAAUCGUCUGAAAACUAACAGCCUAUAUACGUUCUACUGCUGGGAAUAAGCCGAGCAGGCAAUCAACGGUAAGAGAUAAUCUUAGAGGAAUUAUAAUAUCACCAUCAUAGGGCAAAUACCAGUACAGAAGAAUAUAACGGCUUGAAAAGACUUGAUUUUGAUAUGAACACGUCUAAAAAGUAAGGCUUCGUUUCGAAGAACUGCAUAACAGCAAAAUGAGGCCAAAAAUGAAUAUAAAUUAUACCAUUUUCAAAUAUCUUCAAAUAUGAGAUCUUAUAAAAUUAUAAUCUAUUCAAAGGAGAUGACUUUGUUAAAUUUAAAUGUAGGUACAGUGGUAUACACAUGCACUGGAGUAAAGAUGAAUUAGUAAUUACAAAAGUUAUUAACAUUUUGUUGCAUUUCAAUAUAACUUCAUGCGUUUGCGAAAUACGUGCAUAUUAUUUGCGUCUAUAUUUAGUUAUAUGUAUACAGAUAACGUAAACAGCUUAUAUACGUCCCACUGCUGAGCACAGGCCUCUCCUAAAUCUACCGGACGGGGUAUAAAGUAUACUCCAACACGCUGCUCCACUGCGGGUUGGUGAAUUAUUAUGUUCAAAUAAUCCUCUCGUUCGCGCCCAACUAGGUACUAACGGGUGAGAGCCCUCAGCGCUCCCCAUUUGUCCGGCCAAGUAGUUAAUGCCAUCUGAGGAAAACUUACAAUAAGUCCGUCAAAGAAAAGUCUUAUUUAAGUCCUUUUAUUAAGCACAUUUUUUAAUAAAUAAUUUUAUUUACAUCAAUUGCAAUUUCCGAGCAAAUUUGAAGUCUAUUUUAUUGUGCAUUUUUCAGAUCAUUCCAAUUUUUUAAACUUUAUGUUUCCAAAAUGAAGACGUGGCCUAAAGGUCUUGUAACCAGGCCAAAAAUUAAAAAAAAAUCUAUGUCGGCCGUAUAAAAAUUGUACCAAAACUCCAGUGCAUAUGUGAUAAACAAGUGAUCUUAGUGCAAGCGAGAGGACGCUAAGUGCGACGCGAUGUGGUCUAUAUUGAAUACUAGUUAGUACAUUAAUAUUAAAUUGUAGUACUUCUGUUGAUGUUUUAUGUUCACCGCUGAAGUAGCCUAUAGCUUGAUAGGGAAAUAAGUCGCUUUAAAAUUGCCGUCUCUCUCGCCCUUACGCGAGAUGCCGUUACUAGAAAGAGAGGGAUAAUAUUUUACAAAACAAAGUUGACUUAUUUUCCGUAUCCGGCUAUAGCGCUAAUAUACAAAAUGGUUGUUAAUUUGUCUGUUGUUGGAACUAAUCGACUUUUUCACUUGUUAGUAAAUGUUAAUGGUUAGUGCCUCACAGGCGAGUUAACAGACGGUAGAUACGCAUAGUUAAUGUGCCAGACAGCAUACUGCACCACAAUUCCGGGCUUAGUUAAUGUCGCGGUGUCUCCUUAAACGUAUCCAUACAUCGCGUGAUAACCCACCAAUGAGAGACGUCAUCUAUCAAAUUAAAGAGCUCUUAUUGGUCGGUUAUCACGCGAUUUUUACUAUUACGACGAACGCUGAUUGUACGCAGCGUAGAGAUAGAAGUCGCAACGAUCCAUGUAAUUCCACCAAUACAAAGAAAUAUAUCAAUGUUAACUAUUAAUAAGCUUGAUGUAGAUAAAUGUAUUCCCCAUUUGUCAAUCCUACUGUUUAGACGUCGUGACUUCUGUCUCUGUCUAACCUAUGUUAUAGAACGUUUGCAACUGGUGGAGUGAGUGAGACGCCUAUAUAAUUAUUGUUUCCUCUCAAUAUGCAUCACAAGGCGCCCUUACGGCUAGCUACUAAAACUCGACGAGCAAAUAUUUGAAAUGGUUUCGAUUUACAUAUCGUUUUUAAUAUUUUUAUAAUCGGUUGACAUUUUCACAUAAUCGAUUUAGGUAGUAUCGAAUCGGUGUAUAAAAUCGAAAUCAGACCGAAUGUCUGUUUGCGAGUACGCGGCAAUUCUUUUUCUAAUAUAAGUAUUACAUUUCACCAUUCCACUUGAGAACCACCAAGGAGUAUAUAGCUGAAUCAUGUAAUUUAACUAUAGUAUAGUAUAAUCAUGUUUAUACAACAGCCAUGUUCUAACUGUUAAUGAUAAUUUAUUGUUUGUAAAAUACCAAAUAUGCAUUGUCUUUUAUAUCUUUAUUUUAUGGUUGAUGUUUUUACACGGAUUUCGUUCGAAACACAGUAGGUAUGUGUUAUUCGCUCUAUCCGGAUUCGUAUUAGAAUAUACCUAUUACAGCUUUUAAAUUCAGGCGGUUUGGAAGUAGAUUGAUUUGGUCUUAAGUCACCCUUAAUAUCUUAUAUUUGUAAUCGACGGUUGGUAACCAUCGCUGGUACAUACAGUGACCUUGAUCUCAACUAUGAUUGUACAUAAAAGCUAGUGUAUGAACCUAUUAUGGACAAGAGGAAUUCCGAUUUUGGUCCGCCUUCACAUAUGCUCUCAAUAACUUAUUUUCGGACAUUUUUAAGUUAAGCUCGGAAAUCCGGUGGCAUAUUUACCUAAACUUGAUGGUAGUACAUAAUAUAGAGUUGAUAUUACCGUUCACCGCUUUACCUGAAAAUAGUAAUAAUUUGAUUCGUUCUUUUCUAACAUGCUUUCAACAAAAAUUGUAAUAUAUUUAAAAUUUAAUUUCUUACUAUUUACAAACUUUAUCACAGCAAUAACGCAUUUAAGUAAUAUUACUUUAGUUACAAAACAUUCGGUACAUUCAGUAUUUUAUUGUUCUGCGAGGUCUGCACUACUACCAGAGGGUUUUAAUCAAUAGAUAAGAAAUGCUAUUUACACAGACAAACGUCGUGAUUUCCGUAAUUUCUGCUAUUAUAAAAAGUUAAGUGAGGCGGUGAACAGUAAUAUCAACUCUAUAUUAUGUACUACCGUUAAGUUUAAGUAAAUAUGCCACCAAAUUUCCGACUUAUAUGUAUAAGCAAUAAAUUCGUGUAGUAACUUCAACCAGAGCUAUAUAAAUAUUGCCUUCAAGCCUACCGUAACUUAGAACAGGGCACGGUUUUGCAUUUCAAGGUAAUUAGUUGACUUUAUUUCUAUUAGUUGUGUGUAUGGAGUGCCAAAGGAGAUUCUGGUAAUCAAUUUCGUGUUUUAUUCCUAUUGAAUGUGGACGACAAUUGAGUGGUAGACUAGGCGGUACAACGGACAUGUAGACAAACAAGCUAUGCCUACCCUUUCCCUGAGACAAUACGUAACUUGAUAAAAGGAAUUAUUUUUCUAUGACUUUGUAAAAUCUUUCCUUGGCUUGCGAAGGACCUUGUCACAUAAGAGAAUGAACUUUGUCGUCUUUUCUUACAACUACAAGCUCGAUAAUCGACGUGGGCUCUAUAGAUAUCGUUCAGUCGACACCUACGCUUCGUAAUCUUUGUGGCAAGGCUUGUCUCAAUGUCUUUGUAUCCCCUAAUUCUUUGUAAAGACGUACGAGCUGUAAUCGGGAGAUACAUUUAUUUAAUUUUAGUCUUUUGACGUAAAAGGUGUUGGUCCAAACCUUAACUGGGUAUCUAGCUGUAUAAAUAUAAUUCUAAAUAUGAUGUUGAGUAUAAAACCUAUAUUAUUGUAGUGUGGAGUAACUAAUAUUUAUAGUAAAUACUCUAUAUACCCAGUCCAGGCGAAACCUUAGGUUCAAUUUAAAGCGACAGUAGUAAAGCACACUGAUUCUUCUCUACAGCCGUUAUGAGUUGAAGAGUAUAGGAAUUUAUUUGUAGAUAAUAUAAUAAUAAUUAUGAUGAAUGGCUCGAAUGCAUGUUUCGUUAAUAUACACUUCUCAUCAAAAAAAUCGAAACACUUCCGUUUUCAUUGUUUCUGUCGGAAUUUAACACAAAAAAGAAUUCAUACGAUGAAAAAAAAUACAUAAAUGUAUAGCUGGCAGUUUGGCCAUUACAGUAAUAAGCGAAAAUUCUAAAUUCAAAAUUAGAAUUUCAUUUGUUUAUCUUAUAAACGAAAUGAAUCACUGUUUUGAGACAAAUGUGUGUUUAGGGUUGGAGUACAUUUAGCGUUUAAAAACUAAAAAUUGGCGCCUAUCCUUAAACUUUUUGUUUUUUAUUUCAAUACUGUGACUUUGGGACGUCUGAAAAAAGGUUUUUUUUCUAAAACGUAUGGAUACUUCGCCCACAGAAGCCGCCCAAGUUGUGGCAUUGCUGGAUUCUGGCCUUAGUCAGCGUGUUGUGGCUGCAAGACUGCAUCUAAGCCUGUCAUCUGUUCAUAGAGUCUAUAAACGUUAUCGGGAGACUGGUUUGUUCACGCGCCGUUCAGGAUCUGGCAGGAAUCGGGUCACUUCUGAGCGAGAUGAUCGAUUUAUUGUAACAACUUCUUUAAGAAAUCGACGCCUUAACGCUUUUCACCUGCAGCAGCGGCUUCGUGUUGUACGAAGGGUGGCUGUAAGUGACUCUACAAUUAGAAGAAGGUUGAAGGAUCGUGGACUGGUACCGCAUAAGCCAGCAAAUGGGCCGAAAUUAACUGCAGACCAUCGAAGAGCGCGCCUUAACUUUGCACGUGAGCACCUAAAUUGGUCAUACCUACAGUGGAGCAAAGUUCUCUUUUCUGAUGAGUGUAAAAUUAUGCUGUAUGGUAACGACGGAAGGAACAAGGUCUACAGAAGAGACGGAGAACGCUAUGCACAAUGCUGCAUUGAAGAAAAGGUCAGCUAUGGUGGCGGUUCUGUAGGUAUGACCAAUUUAGGUGCUCACGUGCAAAGUUAAGGCGCGCUCUUCGAUGGUCUGCAGUUAAUUUCGGCCCAUUUGCUGGCUUAUGCGGUACCAGUCCACGAUCCUUCAACCUUCUUCUAAUUGUAGAGUCACUUACAGCCACCCUUCGUACAACACGAAGCCGCUGCUGCAGGUGAAAAGCGUUAAGGCGUCGAUUUCUUAAAGAAGUUGUUACAAUAAAUCGAUCAUCUCGCUCAGAAGUGACCCGAUUCCUGCCAGAUCCUGAACGGCGCGUGAACAAACCAGUCUCCCGAUAACGUUUAUAGACUCUAUGAACAGAUGACAGGCUUAGAUGCAGUCUUGCAGCCACAACACGCUGACUAAGGCCAGAAUCCAGCAAUGCCACAACUUGGGCGGCUUCUGUGGGCGAAGUAUCCAUACGUUUUAGAAAAAAAACCUUUUUUCAGACGUCCCAAAGUCACAGUAUUGAAAUAAAAAACAAAAAGUUUAAGGAUAGGCGCCAAUUUUUAGUUUUUAAACGCUAAAUGUACUCCAACCCUAAACACACAUUUGUCUCAAAACAGUGAUUCAUUUCGUUUAUAAGAUAAACAAAUGAAAUUCUAAUUUUGAAUUUAGAAUUUUCGCUUAUUACUGUAAUGGCCACACUGCCAGCUAUACAUUUAUGUAUUUUUUUUCAUCGUAUGAAUUCUUUUUUGUGUUAAAUUCCGACAGAAACAAUGAAAACGGAAGUGUUUCGAUUUUUUUGAUGAGAAGUGUAAUUAUAAUUUACAGUCCAAAUUCACUGUUCACUUGUAGGGAUGUUUUUUUUUUUGUUAUUUAUUUACAUUAUUAUAUGAGCAAGUGACUGGUCGAGACGUAAAUAUAAGAAAUGGUUUUGUAAAAUGUAAAUUAUCUUGUACAAAGUAUGAAAUGAUUAUUCAAAACGCUUUAGGUAAUAUGAUUGCAAUUUUAAUGAGAUUUAAGCCGGUCUUAAGCAGUCACUUGCUGGAUAGUCAGGUAUUCUUAAUACUCGAAAUAUCUUAGAAUAUAAUCAUUCUGGAUUGGAUAUCAGAAUAAUAUCAUUUUCAUAAAUUUGUUGUUAUGUAAGCGAACAUUAUGUAUAGACGGGAAUACACAUGUCAGUAGCUAGUUCAUUUGCAUGCCAGCUUCUUUCAUUUGCAUACGUUAACUGGCAAGCAUGUAGGUUACUCGAUUUUCGGACGUGCUGUUUACUGUAUUUGCCGUUAGCUCGCAUGCAAGUUACUGCUCCGUUUUACUCGCAUGUUUAUUCCCGCCUGUGAAUAUUUUGAAGUAUCUUUGGUUGAAUAGAAACUGUUUAUAUUUAAUCUUCUUCGUAUAAGACUUGCCAUAAUUUUCGCAAUUUGCCCAGAGUGCGGCGGAUGUAAGGAAUAACUCUUCCUAUUACAAUAGCAUAGUUAGGUAUGUCGCUCGGUAAGGGUCUUCUAUGGAUAAUUCUCAUACUAACCGUCUCACCAAUAAAAAUAACAAAACAAGCGUUAAACGUGUAUUAAACACGUUAACACAAUUUACACGUUUCACGUUCGUGGAUUGUGUUGCACGUGUUGUAUUUGACAGCCAAGCAAAGUUCAAUUUAUAUAUUUGGUAAUUGGAUUCAAUAUUGCUUGACUGUCAAAUACUUAAACACACGUUCACCGCUUGUAUUUUUUAUUGGUAAGGCGAAUAGUAAAUAAAUAUUUCGAGUAUUAAGCAUUUAGUACCUAAGUGCGUGCGUGUAUGUGACCCACAAUAGAAAAUCGUUCGCAAGCUGUUCAAUAAAUUGAUAAAUUUUGUAUAAAUAUUUAUAACGGUAAUGUAACUGUUGGAAACAAAGUAUUGUAACAGAUGACAUAUUGUAAGGUGCUUAUGAUUAUCGUUAUAAUACAAAGUUGUGCAUAUAA